UGUGCUUCCCAAAUGGUGGCAGCGAAGGAUGUGGAUACCCCAUUUGUCACCAACAAUGGCACGAGCAAGAAGCACUUUGAAGGGAAAAAAUUGAAUGCAGUAGCCCUCUGGGCCUGGGGUAUUGUGGUUGAUGACUGUGCCAUCUGCAGGAACCACAUGAGGGAUCUUUGCAUAGAAUGUCAAGCUAACCAGGUGUCUGCUACUUCAGAAGAGUAUACCAAGUACACCCUUGCUUGGGGAGUCUGUAACUAUGCUUUUUAUUUCCACUGCAUCUUUCACUGCCUCAAAACAUGGCAGAUGUGUCCAUUGGACAACAGAGAGUGGGAAUGCCAAAAAUAUGGUUGCUAG